AUGCUCUCGACAACGGCAGAAUCUAUCAUACAGAGCGGUGAAUAUAGAGAAUAUACUCCGGUGGAAAGGCCACCUGAAGAUGGAGGAGGUCUUACAAGGCCUGUGCUUUGCGCAUCCUUAACAGCCUGUCUAGGUGCUGUUUCUUUUGGAUAUGUGAUAGCCUACCCUUCUCCUGUUCAAAAUGAUUUGAAACACAAAUUGAACUGGAGUGACGAACAAGUGACAUGGUUUAAUGUAAGUUUGAUUAGAGUAUAUUUUGAGGUCAUUUCAUUUAAAUAUAUUUUUAAUAUAUGGAAUAAUAAUAAUAUUCAUAGUAAAUAUUAUGUUAAUAAAUAUGUAUCACUUAUUUACUGAGACCGAGGGAAACAGUUUAUGCAGUUUUGGUUUCAAACUAAGUUCACUACAAAUAUAACCGGUGAAUUAUUCAUACUUUGACAGUUAUAUACUAUAUUACAACACUUACUUACUGAGAUUGUUGACCGGUUAAUAAAUGUUUUGUUGUCCGGUUGCCUCCUUGCCAAAGCAUGCAGCAUAGACAAUCCAGAAGACAAAUCUUUUCUGGAUUCACAUGCCAUGAACAUGACGUUUUGUGGACCAGCAUGUGAUAUGGUUUCGACCAAUCGGCAAGCAGAAAAAACAAUAUUUAAUUAACCCAUUGAGUUACAUUGCACCCUACUUUAUUAAUUUACUCUGCCGGAAAAAUAUAAGGAGAAUCGCAACGUUUCGAGCGAAGUGGAGUUACCAGUUAACCCAUUAACAGACCUGCCAACUCUCCCGGCCCCGGCGUCUCAGUGUGGGCAAGUUCACAUAUUUGCACUUCACAGAGGUCAAAUCUUUAGUUAAACUUGUGUCUAAAAUUAAGAGCUCUAAAUAUUUUCUAGUCAAUAUCAGCCCUUGGUGCGAUGUUGGGUGCCUUAAUUGGCCUCUACACCAUUGAAAAGUUUGGCCGCAAGUUCAACAUAAUGAUGUGUUCCUUGCCUUUUGUUGCUGGCUGGAUCAUGGUCGCUGCGGCAAAAGAUUUGUCACUCUUUUAUGUCGGAAGAUUUAUAACUGGUGUUGGCAUGGGAGCGAUAUCUUUGACAGUUCCAGUGAGUGAAAAAUUCACAACUUGAAAUAAGAGCACAGAAUAGAUCGAGACACAAUGACAUGUGAGGUCGACUUCUUAGUUUUGCCUAUGAUAUUGACAUAUUUGUUGCAAUGCUGAUGGGGUCCUAGCCAGUGCGCUUAGCCAGACAUUCCAACUCUCCAGAUUUUACCGGGAGUCUCCCGAAAAUUCAUGCCAUCUCCUGGUCUCCCGAUUUUUAUCAAAUUCUCCCGAUUUUUCAGAAUAUUUGGGAAAUAUCGUAAAAAAAUCAUAAACAUACUGUUUUUAGCAACAUAAUAGUCUGUUUUGACCUUUUUAUGAAGUUACUUUAUGGCAAUUUAUAGGAUCACUUAUAACAACAUGUUCCGAAAAUGCAGGAAUUAACGCCAUUUCAGAAGGCUUAAUUUUUAAAUUUUUUUCACAGAAGAACAAGAUUUCAAUUCACUGAACAGUCUCCCUAAAUUUUACCUCCAGCAGUUGGAAUGUCUAGCUUAGCAGAGGCAUUCACCCCCCUGAAAAUAUUUAAAAUGGCAGACGUCCAGGGGGUGAAUGCUUCUCAUAAGGCAAAAAAAAAAUAUGUGGGUUUCCGGUUUCUUCUUAUAAAAACUUAGGUAGGGUAGGUCGGUUUUAACUUUUUUUUAAACUUUUUUUUUAAUUUUCCGAACAAGCGGACGCCAUUUUGUUUAGUCAGUGCUUCCACAUCCAAAGAUAAAUUUCCCUAAUAUUGCCUCAAAUUUCAAUUUUCCACAAACUUUUCCCUCUAAGUGGAAACACUUACAACCAUGAUCCAAUAAAAAAGUUUAGGGUCGGGAUUUCAACGUCCAAAAGCUAGGUAGGGUCGGGAAACUGGAAACCCAUAUAUUUUUUUUUUUGGCCUAAGCAUACUGGCUAGGACCAUGGCAUCAACAUUUUGAUGAUGAAUCUUUUUUAGCUGAGUUGACCUUUUGUGUGUGUCUAUUCUGUGAUAGGAGGCUAGUAGAUAAGGUAUAAACUUCCACAUACUGUGAUAUUUUUUCAGUUGUACAUUGCGGAAAUUUCGCCAGCCAAGUACAGAGGUACACUUGGUAGUGCUAAUCAGUUGGGCGUGACAGUGGGAGCUCUUCUGUCCUUCAGUCUUGGCGCAGGCUUGAACUGGCAUUGGUUAGCCAUCGCCGGUGCCGUACCCUCCACUGUAAUGGCCAUAUUGAUGUUUGGUUUCCCAGAGACACCGCGUUGGUUGAUAAAAAAUGGUAGAAUAAGUGAAGCUUGUCAAGUUUUGGUAUUUUUGAGAAAAACAUCUUAUGGAGAAUGUGAGGAUGAAUGCAGAGAAAUCCAGAGCACUUUGGGUAAGUUUUUUUUAGUAGUCGAUUUUUCCAUCGUCUGAAGAUGAUAUAUUGUUGUGUGGAACUACAGGGGUGAAAAAUAAUUUUUGAGCUCCCAGAAAAUAUUUCCCCAGUAGUGCCCCAUAGUAGUGCCUUUUUUGGUAGUGCUUUUAUGUGCCUGAAAGGCCCAUUUCCACUCAGGAAAAUUUUUCGUAGAAAGAAAAUUUUGUAAAAUGUGAUUGGCCAACAAAUCUUCCGUCGGUAAAAAAUUUUGAAGUUGAAAAAUUUCAACUUUUAACAAUGUCAAUGAUAUUUUCCGAAUAUUUUCUGUCCAUGAAAGUUUUCAUGAACAAAUUUUCUACCAAAUGUCUCAACCCGCAAACAGUUCUCAACCUGUUUAUACUUUCUACGACAAGUUUUUGGAUAUUUUCUAAAAUUUUGUUUGACAUUCAAAACGGACAUUUUGUUAAAUUGAUUUUGCAUGUUCAUAUCUGACAACGCUGUUUGAAACUCAUUAAAGUUGCGUUUUGAACAAUUCAUCGUCAGAUUUUACUGAUUUCUAACGCCUUUUCUUCAGUAUUUAGUCGGCGUUGAAUGUCCUUGAAAAGUCCUUGAAUUGUCCUUGAAUUUGACUCUUCCUCAUAUGUACAAACCCUGGUUUAGCUAUUGCGCCCUAUCUCGUUCGGAAACACCCUGUUGGCAGUACCAAUUUAAAUCUGAGAUCUUUAUUGUGUUUUGGUUUAGAAACGGACGAACCAAUAUUGCUGAGGGAAUUCAUGAAGCCUACGAUCUAUCGUCCUUUCAUAAUAUCCAUUAUGAUGAUGCUGUUUCAACAGUUUUCGGGAAUCAAUGCUGUCAUUAACUACGCCUCUCAAAUGCUGCGCGAUGCUGGCAUCAGCGACGCCAAUGUAGCCGAAAUAACCAUCGCUAUCGUGCAAGUUGUAGGAACGGGUAUAUCCUGUUUGAUUGUCGAUAAACUAGGCCGAAGAAAACUGCUAAUGUUUCCGACUGCUCUGAUGUGCAUCAGUAUGGCGGUUUUGGGAGCGUCGCGAUAUUUUGACGGAUUUCCAAGUGGCAUUACCCUGUUAUCAUUGUGUUGUUUUAUAGUCGGUUUCUCCCUGGGCAUGGGCCCAAUCCCCUGGCUUUUGAUGUCCGAGGUUUUUCCAACCAAAGUACGUGGUGUAGCGAGCGGUAUAGCGACUCAGGUUAAUUGGCUAGGUGUGUUCAUCAUAAUCAAAUUUUAUGUCAACAUGGAGAAUGCGAUGCAUCCCUAUGGCCUUUACUGGUUCUACGCAGCCGUCUGUCUUAUUUCUGUGAUAUAUGUGUUCAUAUUUCUGCCUGAAACGAAGGGCAAAACUUUAGAAGAAGUCGAAGAAUUAUUUGCAACUCAUCACGAUUUACGCGGCACGGAUUCAUUGGGUUAUGGUGGAAUUGAUUCUUGA